UGCUUUGUUAGUUAAAACAUGAUAAAGCAUGACAUACAAGAAAACCUAAUUGCUGAGUGUAUAAUAUCAGCCUAUUGUCUAUUCUAUAGCAUGCUGUUUAACAAGUCUUGUCUUGCAGAGAGGCCUUCAUAAAUCUAGAAGAAGGAUGUCUCUCAAACAAAGGACCCAGUAAUCAUGUCGUCUUUAUGCUGUGUAAUCGAUUCAGUAGAAGAAAAGACAUCAUCAAUAUUUCACAACGCACUUUUCAUCACCUGACUCGCUCCCAGGAGCACCUGCUGUGCAUGUUGACGGAGACACGCGCAUGCGCAGUGACUGUCCUGUUCCUGAACCUGCUCUGAAAACUUUUUUUUUUGCCCCUCAGGAGUGACGAUGCUGCAAAAAAGGGUUAAACACAAACGGGAUAUGCAGCAGAUAUAAACUCUCGAGCAUGUGUGCAACUUUUACAUGACUUAUAAAAGAGAGUGAUAAAGAAACUGUGAGACUUUCUCCUUAACUUCAUCACUCGAGUUUGUUGUUGUUGUUGGCUCACAUCCUCUCUUCCUGCGCAGACUUAGUCCAAGAUCAAGCUGGAUAUAAAGGAAACUCUCUGUUAUUGAUGCUUCAUGAGUUAUAUUCAUGGCUCAAGGCAGCUACAUCCUCAGAAACGUGUCAGGUCCAAGCACUGAAGAGUGUACCCCUAACUACCUGGGGCCUGACUACAGUUUCCAGUCAAACGUGGACUACCUAAAGUGUGUGGACAAUUUCCAAAACGGCACCACCAUUAAGCGGCUAAGCCUUAAGAGAAGGCCCAGAGUGGCCGUCAAUCAUGUGGAAAAACCACCGACUGGCAUCUCGACAAGCCAGUGGCAUUCAGCCGAAUCUUUGUCAUCAUCCAGCAGUGAUGAUACAAGACUACUGGGAAUGUCCUCUACGACCAGAGGGCGACCUCCUCUUCCUCCACCACAUGGUUCCUCAUUGGACCACAAGCUCUCAAGGAAUGAAGGGCCAGCAGCAUCCUCUCAGAUGCUUCCUGAGUCCAAACCUCAGCCUGCUGCAAGAUCUCUUAAUUUACAAAGACAAAGCCCUGUGGUGGAGCAGACCAUAGUGGAGACCCACAGUCCUGUGGAUCAGGAGAUGCCAAGCCCGCUUCCACCUCAGCCGUAUCCCCGUCGACGACUGGCCAGCUUUGGAGGGGUAAGCUCCCCUGGGUCGCUUUCUCCUUUCACUGGCUUGGGUGCAUAUAAUCAGAACAACAAUGGGAACAAGCCUACUGGCACAGGAAGUGAUAUGCACAUCCAUCUUAGCUCAUCUAUGGGUGGUAGAGGAAGCACAGGAUGCCUCAGGUUAAGUCCACAGAGCUCUGGUAGAUCCACCCCAGUUACAAGUCUUGGCAGCCAGUUGCACCUGCAGCAUGUCCGUGACCAGAUGGUGGUCGCUCUGCAGAGGCUGAAGGAGCUUGAGGAGCAGGUGAAACUCAUCCCCAUCCUCCAGGUUAAAAUAUCAGUCCUCCAGGAGGAGAAGCGGCAGCUGGUCUCCCAGGUCAAAAACCUGAGUGACAAUGAUGAGGACCUGCCUGAAGACAUCUGGAAGAGGGGGUAUAGCAUGGAGAGAUCUGACACGGAGAACAAGUUGAAUACAGAGGAUAGGCUGGAAGAAAUGGCAAAAACAGUCUGCUCUGAAUUCAAGGAGUUCAGGCAACUGACCAAAGAGAUGCAAGCAUUGGAAUCCACCAUCAAGGGUGAACAUUUGCAAGCAUGUCAUGGAAUAUACCGCAGCCCUUUGCAUGAUAAGGCCUUUAAGUCUGUAGGAGUUGGGACUGAUGAUACAACUUUGUCUAAAGCCACAAAAGAAAGCAAAUAUACACACACUGAUCAAGUACAAAUGAGGUCCAUGGGAACAGAAGUUUCUGAAGUUAAUCUUGGAAUCUACAGGGAACGUGAGGCCGAGUUUGACACCCAACAACUGAUCAUCGGGGCCUUGAAGGAGAGAAUUUGUCUCUUAGAAGCAGAGUUGAAAGAAUCCGCUCUCCAGACAGAGAUGAGCCGUCUGAAACUCGAGCUCCAGGCUGCAGGAGCCAGGAACAGAGCUGAUAAAGCUUCCUGUGCUCGGCCAUCCACUGUUAGCAUAGGCAUCGAGGCAAGGCCCCACACCACCAGCCAGGGAGUGGGUAAUCACACGGAGGUCCGAGAUGCCAGCACAGGGGAGGUAACAGAGGUGAAGUCUGUGGGAGUAUCUUGUUGUGGGCCUGCUUUGAAGAAUGUUUGCACAGGACCAGAUGAGCCAAUGAGCCACUGGGAGUUCAGGGAGCGAGUGAAGACGAUGGAAAAAGGCGUAGGGAUCCAAGUUCUUACAAACACACAAGGAGUUGGGAUGGAGGUAGUAUUCUGUGAUGCAGAAACCAACACUGAGGUUCCCGUGGAGAAUCUGCGGUCUCAGAAAAGAAAGAUUAAGAGUCGUUCAGUGGCUUGUGGUGACUGUUCGGUGGAUGUUGUCAUCUGUGAAGCGAAGGAAGUGGUUUCUCAAGGCAUUGCUACAGACAGAGUCAGAGGAGUGGAUCUGGGAAUCAUGGCAUCACCUCAGACAACUUCUCAGCGUACCAACACCGUGUCCAGUUCAGUGUCUCGUUUCACCAACACCAGGCAUGCCUUCAACGCUGACUCCAGCACUAAUACUAUCCUGAAUACCCAAGACAAGCACACCAACACUACUCAGACAUCAACCAGGACAGUGUCAGUGGGGAACAGGGUCAAAGAUGUCAAAAACAGCCCAGAGAUGCGCACAAUUGGUGUAGGAACUGUCAAUCUGCUGGAAGGUGCCUUAAAACAAACACCAGGGACACUCACCAAAGUUACUCGUGACACUGGUGUCGGAUUAACCAACAUAAAUGAUAACUUCCUUGUCGGGCUGAAGACACGAAACAUGGCUUCUGGACCAUCCCAUCUACCCGACCCCAUCAGGACGAGGAGCAUCGGUGUCGGGGAAGGGAGGAUACGAGACUUUUCGGUUCCACCGACUAAACUUGGCCAGAUGUUCCAGCAGUCCCCACAGUCUAAGUGGGAACCAGAGCUUAACCAUUACAUAGAGAAGAUGCAGUGGCUCCUCAGAGAGCAUGGAGACCUCCUCACAGAUGACUGCACUCCAGAGAGGGAAGGGUUUGUCCAACAGCAUAGUAGCCAAGGGAGUGCAAGUUCUAAGAGGCCCUGUGUGCAGAAAGCUGCAGCCCAAGAAGGACCAGGAGACCAUGCUGGAGAACCUCAGCCACUAGUCACUAGAGAUUACCCGUCCAAACUUACAGCGGACUCCUCCGAGAGUGACAAAGAAAUCUGCCAACGAGAUGGAAAUGAUGUGAAAAGAAUGAUACAGAUGUUAGAGCAACAGGCAUCCUCAGCUCUGCAAGAAAAGUCGACCAACGCCGCUGUCCUGCGGCCUGCGAGAAAGAAAUCAAAUGGGGACCAAGGCUGCAGCAGCAACAGGAAGAAUAUGAAGUUUAUGGGGGUGACAACAGGAUUGGAUCCUGUGUCAUUUUACGGGCUCCCUCUGAGUGAGAACUCUGAGGAGGUUGGCAAGAAAGUAAACAAGAAAAUCAAGGAUGCUUCUAAGGAUGGAGCACAAUCAAGAAAGGGCAAAAGUGGCUCCAACAAGGGAUCCAAAGGUUCAACAAGAUCACAACUACAACAAAGGUGCAGGUUGAGUGAGAAGAUGUUUUCUGCCUGUCAAGCCUUAAAGAAGCACCUGAGUGAUGAGACGACUUUACCCGACAGAGAAUUGCACGACUGUCUGCAAACACUGCAGCAGGAUUGGUUCUCCGUGUCCAGUCACAAGUCAGCCGCCCCCGACACUGUGGAAGAUUACUUGUCCACGUUUCGGGUCAUUGCACCAUCAGUAUUGCAGCAUAUAUCUAAUAUGGCUGACAGCAAUGGAAACACAGCUCUGCACUACACCGUGUCUCACUCCAAUUUUGGCAUUGUAAAGAAAUUGCUUGAUGCAGAGGUGUGUAACGUGAAUCAGCAGAACAAAGCCGGUUACACGCCCAUCAUGCUGGCUGCACUCGCAGCUGUGGAGAAUCCAGACAACAUGAAAGUUGUUGAGCAGCUCUUCUCUAAAGGAGACGUCAAUGCAAAAGCCAUCCAGGCGGGUCAGACUGCUCUGAUGCUGGCUGUGAGCCACGGCAGGAUGGACAUGGUGCAGGCUCUCCUGACACAGGGGGCGCAGGUCAACCUCCAAGACGACGAGGGCUCCACGGCGCUGAUGUGCGCAUGCGAGCACGGCCACACCGAGAUUGUUCGACUCCUGCUGGCACAGCCGGACUGCGAUGCCUCUCUGACUGACAGUGAUGAAAGCACAGCCCUGUCCAUCGCUCUGGAGGCGGGACAUCAUGACAUUGCAGUGCUCCUAUACGCACACACCAACUUCUCCAAAGGACAGACAGGGGCUGCUGCUCGUCACCGGUCUCUGUCCUCCUCUGGUGGUAGAAGUGUCUCUGAGUGAGCUGAUGUCCCAGAGACACUGCAUGAGGCUUUCAGAUGACGUGAUUUAGUGACAGUGCAACACAGAAUGGACAGAAUCCAUUUUACACUUUAAGUUAGACACAGAGUUUUUCAGGUUGAAGGCAUUUAAAAGAAGAAUCUGCAUUACAUUGCAUCCACUGCACAUGUCAUAGUAUGCUACCUAUUCAAGUUCAUUAAGGCUGAAUGUAUAUAUUAAUGUAAUAUUGUAUCCUGCAGCCAUAUAUUCAAUCACUUAUAUCAUUAUGAGUUUAUUUUUGUGAAUAAUAUUUAAAGUCUAUAUUUAUAGUUGCUGAAAUUAAGGAAGAAAUAAAAUAAAAAUAUACAUUAGCAUCAUUGCAUGGCAUUGCAUCGCUGUUAUAUUAGCAAAUAUGUUACCUAAUAUAACAUUUUUCCUGAAUAGCUAUUAGCCAAAA